AUGGAUGUGUUUCUCACUCGUCUCACCCAGCAGGCAAUGAACUAUGCAAUUCGCUCGGGAAUUGCCAUUACAGCUACCUAUGCGAUGCGCCAGUCAUCUCGUUUACUAAAAAGCGUGGAUGGCGAAGACCGUGCAGAGCUUCUUUCACUGCAGCAGCGGCUUGAAAGCAAGAUACAAGUUAUUUCACCGUCUAUCGACAUGAUUGAGUUGAUCGCUGCUCGUGGGAACACAUCUCUUGAAUCUGCAGUUGCGCUCACAAAAUCCCUCAGAUGGGAUAUUCAAGCGCUAGGGCAGCGACUAGCAAGGGCAGCUUCAUCUGGAGAGUCCAUGCGAAAAAGCUCCAGAUCCUCCAAAGAUAGAGGCGGUAUGGACGUGGAAGUCAAAUUCAUCAUUAAAGACAUCAAAAAUUUGCUGCUCCGCAUAGAGGACGCAGUACCAUUGAUGAAUUUGGCCAUUACAACCUCUGGAGCCAAACUUUCUACGAACUUGCCAUCCACAGUGUCCCCAUCUCGUCUUCUUCAAGCUAGCACAUUCUUGACUGCUGGAGAUACACAAUAUUCCAUGUCUAAUUCCCAGGCUGUUCAAAUCGGUCCAACGUUCACAUUAUCCAUGUACAUGCUCUUCUCGGGUCAUUUGCGUCUUCACGAUGAAGAAUCCGUCCGCGAAGCAACAUGGAAAGAAGUCAUGCACAAGGCUCGUUUGAAGCUUCGACGUGUGCCAAUGAAUUUGUACUAUUCCGAGGAUAACAUGAAAGCUUCCCAGCUACCAGGAUCAGCACGAGCCGAUGAAUAUGCAUACCAGGUGAUGAUAAUUGAAGACUUGGACGAUGGCCGGGUUCAUAGUUUCGAGGAAGAUGAGCCAAAGCCUCAUUCUUAUGAGGGCAUUGCUACUGUCGGUAUCCGAGAGAUUCUGCCCAUUCACCAGAUCUCCAAGAUCUUCUACGCAGAUACAGGUCGGAUUCUCAACAUUAAUACUGAAGGGGAAACAAACAACCCAGUGAUCUUAUUAAAGAGAGAUUUGAAUGCUCUACCGCCACGUCGAACGAUGGAACGAGGAGAUGUUGAAGACGACCAUGCUUCUCACAAUUCGGAUGAUGACUCGGUAGAUGAAGAGCAAGCACAGCUCGACGCUCAGUUACAUGGAACCGGCAAUUCUGACAAUGACAGCUUCCACUCUCUCCACGAAGACUCAAUUCCUGCAGAAUGGCGCCUGCCUCCUGGCCUUGAUCCCGAGUGGAUUGCAUUUGAAGUGUACAACGAAGACGAAGACUCCGACACAGAGUCCGAAUCAGAGAAUCCUCCACGGAUCCCGACUGCGGAACCUGACCCAAGCAUGAUGGCAAAAUUAUCUUUGAGUGACAAGUUUGCUUCUUUAUCGGCAUCUCCAACCAUCAACAAAGAUAUCGCCCAGUCUACUUCACUUACCACAACCGUCUCCAACCCCAUGUUCGAAAAUAUCCGCACAUCCCUCUCACUCCUCGAAACGCUCCUCCGCCUGACCUCCCUCCAACAAUUCCAGCAACAAUCUCAUCUCUCUAUCAGUGACGAACUCCUCAACUUCUUCCUCGAGGAAUCCUCGACAACUGGUGCUGGCGGCGACGAACAACAUCGCCAAAGACUCCGCUCCGAAGCCCGUCGUCGUGUGGGCUGGGACCCAUACGAUGAAAGCCCCGUCAAGCACCGCGGUGAAGAUUAUCAGUACGGCUGGGGUUCCGGUAGUCCCUCUGCGUACCAGCGUGAAGCAGAAGAAAUCUACACGCCUGGUGGCACGUCACAUGGUUAUCAGAUUCGAUCGAGAGAAAGUACCCCAGAAACACCGACGCAGAGACGUGGCUCUCCUUCCACACGCUUGGAUCGGAGUCGGCCAAGUGGGCUGAGGGGUAUGACACCGGCAUAUGCUGAAGGCGAGGGAUCGAGACAGAGUUCGCCACGGGCUAGGAAACCGAGGAGUGCCGCAAAAGACAAAGAUACUCGAACUAGAACGGCGGAGUAA